AUGGCAGACGUGCUGGGCAUCCUGCGGCAAUUCUACAUGGAGCAGAAGGAGAUUGUGGUAAGAGGAGAUUAUGUGACUUUUGGAGAAUUCUCAUGGCCCAAGAGCGUGCAGACCAACUAUGUGGCCUGCGGAAGUGGCAAGGAUGGAGAAGCCAGAGAGUACUACACGCUGGAGUGCCUGCUAUUCUUUCUGAUGCAUGCCCAACUGCCUCACGUUGUAUAUGUGAGAAAGGCAGCCAGUGAACACAUUCCUGUGGUGAGAAGACCUGACAGAAAGGAUCUGCUGAGCUACCUGAAUGGGGAAGUAUCCACAUGCAUGGGCCUAGAGCGCACUGGCCCUGUGCAAAUGCGUCUUGGGCAGGUGGCUCCAGUCAAGCGAGCUGCAGAGGCAGUCCUCCCAGAAGCCAAGAAGGCACGAAUGGAGGAUGAAGAGGCUGUGAGGCAGGACCAGGAGAGACUGGCUGCUCUUCUGCAGGCUCCUAAGGAAGCCAGUGUCUGCACUGAACGCCUCAAGCCACUAUCUGAAGCCAUGUCCGUGGACAAGAUUGCUGAGAUCAAGGCCAAGAGGAUGGCUAAGAAGAAGACUACCAUCAAGGUGGAUAUUGAGGGGCCUGGAGCUGCCCCGACAGCCAGGAGAUUCGUGGAUGCUGACGUGGAAGCCACCCGAGAGAUUGUCAGCAGAGAGAGGCUGGGAAGGACACGCACCACCAUUCUACAGAGCACAGGCAAGACUUUCAGAGACAGCAUCUUUGCCAUCCUGGACUCUGUCAAAGCCAGAGAAGCAGGCCAGGCCCCUGAACAGCCAGCAGCUCCAAAGGCAGCAGCAGCCGGGCCUCCCACAGGGUGCACCCAGCCGCAGCCUCCAGCUGCCUAUGACAGAUACGACCAGGAAAGAUUCAGACGCAAAAAGGACACCGGAGACUUCCACAUAGACACCAAAGGUACCUACCGUGGCCUGAGCCUCCCUUCCAUAACAGCCUCUGUCUUCCUUCCUCAGCCUCAGGCUCAGCCUCCGUCUCAGACUCCAGGAGACCAGGCUGUGCCAAGACCCCUUGUCCAAGCCAGGCCUCCCCCGCAGCAGAGCAACAGAGGCUCUGGCACACCCAUCAUCCUUAUUCCGGCGGCACCCACCUCUUUAAUCACCAUGCUGAAUGCCACAGACCUUCUCCAGGACCUGAGCUUCGUGUCUUCCGAGGCCAAGAAGAGACAAGGCUGCCGGUCCGCCAAGGAAACUCUCAUCCAGAGAAGCAAGAGCCCGAGGCCAGCGUGGGACUCUGCCAGCACUAUCAGGGUUCACUACCGAGUCGUGGACCAGCCCCUGAGACUCAGCCCUGGAGACUGGGAUCGAGUUGUAGCUGUGUUUGUGCAAGGCCCCACCUGGCAGUUCAAGGGCUGGCCCUGGCGCCUGCAUGAUGGCUCUCCAGACCACAUCUUUGCUCACAUGAAGGCCUUCCACCUCAAGUAUGACCAUCUUCCUCUCGAGCCCAAUGUGCACAAGUGGGACGUCACAGUCUUGGAGGUCAGCACUCACCAGCGCCAUUCCGACAGACCCGUUUUCCUGCGCUUCUGGGAAACACUGGACAGCUACAUGCUGAAGCACAAAGCUCACCUGCGAUUCUGA